CGGAAGUCCACAUAAACAAACCGACGACGCCGAAGGAGCCGAGAGCGUUAUGGCGGAGCUAGUAACUGUAACGCUGCCUUCUCACAACCUUCGCCUAUAAUUUAUUUCGACGUAAACUUGACGCCUGCACAUGUGCCUCCUUUUUUAUUUGCGGCGAGGGUGAUAGAAUAAGCCUCACCCCCCCAAUAAAGCUCGCUAUAAGACGCCACAAGCGGGGCUGAGUGGUGAAGUAACGCGACACCGCGGAGGAGGAGGAGGAGGAGGAGGAGGAGGAGAAGGAAAAGGAGGAGGAGGGACGCUCGCUCCGGGGAUGAUUGAUUGUUAGACGGACGCCGCGGCAGCAGGCAGAGGACAUAUAGCGGGACGUGGUUUGGCAGGUAAGUGCGUGGGCGCGUGACGUCCCCCUGCUCGAGCGACAUGCGUGCGUCGCCUUGAUGACUUCAGCCAUUUCCGUGCGCAUCAUCGCGUACGUGCGUGAUCGACAGCUCGGUUCUGGCAUCCAUAAUUGACGAGCCGAGGCGAGCACGCAGCUAGCUAGCUUGCAGCGGGGCUUCGAAACAGCAACCCCCCCUCCCCCCGCGAGCGGGAGUGCAUGGAGCUUCAACGCCGACUGAUUGGAUCAAUUUUACAGCGUGUGUAAAUUGGCUAACAAUGAGAGGCGCUAUCAGCUGAGAGCAGAUAACAGUUCCUGCGUGCAGGCGGCACAGUGACUUUCGCAUGUCUUCUGCAUUUUGUAGGUCCUGCAAAACCAAGAGGAGGGCAAACUUCAAAGCCAAGAGGAAGGUGCUGGCCUGCAUUCCCCCUCCCCCUGCAGGAUGCUACGCCGCAGCUCACCUUGAAAGAGCGGGCUGCGCCGUGACCCCCACCACAUCUGUCAAAAAAAGUCAACCCGCGGCCUCCGGAGCCAACAUGGGACACUCUGACGUGGCCCAAGCUGGAUUUUAAAGAAGCUCCAACCUCCCGAGAUGGAGAGGCUGGAACCGGAGCAGGAGAGGGAGGCCGAGGCGCCCAUGCACAGCGUACACGGAGCCAACCGGACUCGGCCGUCGUCCUACCGGGCCCUGCGCAGCGCCGUGUCCAGCCUGGCCCGCUUGGACGACUUCAGCUGCGAAAAGAUAGGAGCCGGGUUCUUCUCUGAGGUGUUUAAGGUGCAGCAUCGCGUGUCGGGCCAGGUGAUGGCGCUGAAGAUGAACAUCCUGGCCAGUAACCGGGCCAACAUGCUCAGGGAGGUCCAACUAAUGAACAGACUGUCACAUCCCAACAUCCUCAGGUUCAUAGGUGUGUGCGUCCAUGAAGGGCAGCUUCAUGCGCUUACGGAGUACAUCAACGGUGGUAACUUGGAGCAGCUGUUGCACAGCGACAUUUUCCUGUCAUGGAAUGUGCGCAUUGGCCUGGCGCUGGACAUCGCCCGUGGCCUGCGCUACCUGCACUCUAAGGGCAUCUUCCACAGGGACCUCACAUCCAAGAACUGCCUGGUGCGCUGGGAAGGCGGAGUCUGCUCAGCCGUGGUGGGAGACUUUGGCUUGGCAGAGAAAAUCCCGGAUUACAGUGAUGAUGUAAACCAGGAGCCUCUGGCUGUUGUGGGGUCCCCCUACUGGAUGGCUCCGGAAGUGCUGCGCGGCGAAGUGUACAAUGAGAAGGUGGAUGUGUUCGCAUACGGCAUCAUCCUGUGUGAAAUAAUCGCAAGGAUACAGGCUGACCCUGACGUCCUGCCACGCACUGAGGACUUUGGUCUGGACGUGGUCACCUUCACCCAGAUGGUGGGAGACUGUCCCACAGACUUCCUGGACCUGGCUGUCCUCUGCUGUAACCUGAGCGCCAGGUGGCGUCCAUCUUUCUCUCACAUCGUGGUGGAUCUGGAGAAGAGGAGGCAGAGGGUGGAGCUCACAGUGUCAGAAGUUUCCCCAGCAGCCGGCCCCCUAAGGAGGCGGUCCCUCGGCCUGCCGUCAGACCCCCGCCUCUCCCGCAGCAAAUCGGACAUGCUCCACAGCCUGGACGCCACCCCGUCUGUCAGCCCCUCACACCCCGCCCGCAUCAACCCCUUCUCCCAGCGGGAGGACCUGAAAGGCGGCAAGAUCAAGUUGUACGACACGCCCAGCAAGUCGGUCAUCUCCCUCACCUUCACGCUGCCGCCGCCACCCGAACCCUGUGGCGGCCCCCCGGAGGCCGACCCGUGUCGGAGGCACCGGCGCUGCCACUCUCUGCCGUGCAUGCCCCCCUCCCACUUCAGUGCCGCCUGGAGCCGGGUCUUCCCCGAGGAGACGUGGCUGUGUGGCGCUGUGAACUGUGAAGACCAGAGACUGCUGAGGGGGGGAAAGGACGCACUGGAAGGGGGCGGGGCUUCUGGCUUGCUGGAUGAUUCCGGCAUUCCACCGUCUCUUGACCCCAUCUCAUUGGACAAAGAGAAGCAUGAGGACGAGCCUAUGGACUGCACCAGCUCUCCAGAGACACAAGACUCCUCCUCGUCGUACUCCAAGCUCUCCUCCCCUCCUUCCCACUCCUCCACCCCUUUCUCAAACGGCUGGGUGUCGACCAUCUCCUCCCGCCGGACCCCCCUGCCUCAUUUGGACAACAGCAAAGUGGUGGUGAACGGACCUCUGAGUUGGAGCAGCACCUUGUCCAACAACAACAGCUACCACUCCCCGUCCGGCGAGACCGCCGCUUUGUCGCGUUUUGGCUCCGGCAGCGGUCAGUCUCUGGACCAGGAGGAGGUCAUCUCCUGCCCUGGAUGCUGCCUGGCAGGCCUUCGCUUCCCGUCCGUGUGCCUCAGGGCGCCAUCGAGGAGGAACGCCUACAAGAACCUGAACGGGGACCACACAGCCUCCCGUGGGCUGCUCAGUCCUGGACCCAAGGGUCUACCGCCCUCUCCCACGCCGACCACCACCAGCUUGGAGCCGGCACUCGGUUUGCCGAAAGCGCACACCUAAAUUUGCUCUUGUCGGUAAAAUGGCCCCAAAAAUUCCCGCAACUCGUGGGUCAUGUGAUAAUUUGCACAUAUUUUAAUGCAGUAAUAUAAAUGCGUGUUUUGAUUACCUAAACACGUUGUGGCCUCCAACGCCUGAUAGCUUGGCUUUGGUUUGUACAGCGCCCUCUGCUGGGCUGAGGGUGCCUUCCCUGCGUGGAUGAGAAUAUGCAGCAUCCAAUCUCGCAUGUAAACAUGUUGGCUUCCUGCCACGUGACCGCUGACUGAUGCUCCGAUGAGGAAUGUUAAGCUUAGUAUUAUUACUGUUGAAAUGUUUUUUCUUUGGAAUGUAUGGUGCUGUUGAACUUUGUCUUCAAAAAUAUUCAAGAGUUGUUAGUGCACCACUGAGGGUGUGUGUGUGUGUCUCUACUGUUCAUUUGGCAUUUUUGUUGCUGUUUUUUGUUUUGUUGGACCCCCUUUGGGUGCCACUUAAAAGCACUUCAACUGUUAUUGAAACUUGUUGUUUUGGCAAUGGAUGUCCAAAAUAUGAUUAAGAGUUGUUUGCAUUAUUAUUAAAACUGAAUAAAUGAUGAAAUGCAAAA